AUGAACAACUCACUAGCCCCAGCCUUGUAUAUCACGGGCCUGGGAUCGCAAUAUCCUCCCUAUCUGCUGGGGCCCGAGGACCUUGAGAAACUUGCAGCGCGCUCUCACGAUGUGAGCCGUCCAGGAAUCAAAAAGCUGCUUCAAGUCAACCGCUCAACGGGUAUCGAGACCAGAUCUGCAAUCCGACCGUACGAGGUAGGAUUUGCGACGCAGAAGGGCCCACCCUCAAUCAGUGAGAUUGACCAGUUCUUCCGUCAAGCCGGGGUCGACCUUGCCGUUGAAGCGUGUAAGAAGGCUCUCGGAGAAGCACAUGUCACUCCCCAGCAGAUUACCCAUACGAUCGCGGUUACCUGUACCAAUCAGGGUAACCCGGGGUACGACUUUCUAGUAACCCAGAAAUUGAACCUCCCAUCCAAUGUCGAUCGCAUGCUUCUUCACGGCGUCGGGUGCGCAGGUGGGCUGUCCAUAUUGCGGGCCGCAGCGCAGAUAGCCGGCGGGGCAAGUCUGCGACGGAAACCGGCCCGCAUUUUGGCAUUCGCUUGUGAGCUGUGUACGCCUAAUGUGCGACGAUAUCUGUCUUUGGCCGAAAUCAGUCCCGAUUCCGAUCAAGUGAACAUUGCAGCGGCCUUGUUCUCAGAUGCUGCGGCCGCUUUUGUUCUUUGUAAUGAGUACGCUAUGGCCGAGGAUGAACAAGCCACUCCUCAAUAUGAGCUUCUGGAAUGGGGGUAUGAUUUGGUUCCGGACACCGCUGAGCAUAUGACAUUUUAUGCGGAUAUAGAUGGCACCCAACCACAGGAAGACGUCACUACGCGCUCUAGCGCCGAUCACGCAGAGGAACGACAGCCUUUUAUAGUGGGCCAGGAAGUCAUCGACCAAGAGCCGCUUACUGCAUGGAUCAUUAGGAAAUUACUCAAAACAUGGAGCGACACGCGAGAUUUCAUCCGCUCAGAGCAGGGUGUGGGAAUCUUCAAGUGCAGCCUCGCAUAUCUCCUCGCCUCUCUAGCAGUUUUCACACCCAUCAUUGGGAAUACUUUGGGUCACCAAAAUGGUAAACACAUGGUGGCCACGAUCACAGUCUACUUUCAUCCAGCGAGGUCGCAAGGCAGCAUGUACAAAGCACUAAUAUGUGCCUUCUUCGGUUUUAUCUUUGCGACGGUCCUUUCGCUAUCGAGCAUGUGGAUUACCAUUCUCUUUCGCGAAAAGUACGAUAUGAUUGAAUUGGGUCAUGUGGUAGUCCUGGUAGUCUUUGUUGCUGGUGGGUUUGGGUGCAUUGGAUGGUUCAAGCAGAAAAUGGAUGAUCCGCUCGUCAAUAUUGCCUGCUCUUUGGCUUCGCUGGCUUCGAUCCUUGUCAUUAUGACGGAAGGGGCAGUGCAAAGAGGUGCUCUUUCUUUCGACAAGAUAUCUCAGGUUCUAAGAAUGGUUCUUUUGGGUGUCGGGAUAGCGGCGGCCGUGUCGCUCUCGAUACUACCUUCUUCUGCGCGCAAGAAAUUCCGAGGAAAUCUGUCAACUUUGACAAACACCGCGAUGUCAAUGCUCAUAACCAUUACUGAAUCCUUUAUUAGCGGGUCCACCCAGGAGCUCCAAGAAGUACCGUUUGCUAAGCUGUCUGCGCGGCACGACAACGCAUUUGCCGAAAUGAAAAAACAACUCGACGAGUCGAAGUUUGAGCACUAUGUCGCGGGCACAGAGCGAGAGUAUUCCAUUGCCAAACGUCUCGCGCAUCUCAUGCAGGAAAUCACGCGUCGCCUAGGGGCUCUACGCGGCGCGGUAGCUUUGGAGUCUGGAUUAUUGAGAGGAGAUACUCGUUUGAACCAUUCGGAGGCUAAAGUUUUCGAAAACUUCAAAUCCCGACUGGAAACUUCUAUGAAGAAUCUACUAGUUUCUACGCUGAGAAUCAUCUUCCAAGAAGUGUCCUUUGGGGCUGCUCCCGAUUACAAGAUCUUCGUGGAUGGCGGAGCUCGCCCCCGUGUAGACGAGGCAAUCAAGACUUAUCGAGAAGCUAGAAUCUCCGCCUUGCAUUCGCUUUCUCGCAAAGAAGUAAUGGUUUCUCUGAGUGAGGAAAACAAUCCUUGUUUUGAAGAGAUAUUCGCUAGCUGUAAUUACUAUUCGGUAUCUCUUCUUGAACUAGCGGAACAGAUGCAGCAUUUCCUAUUAGCUUUGGAGGAGAUGCAAGUCGAGAAUGAUGCAAGACCGAAUAAUAUGUCCUGGGCUUGGAUUUGGGCUUCGUGGUGGCAAGCUAACCACAGGCGCGAAACACAUCAGUUGACCGAAACAGCUACGUCAAACCAUCCCCAGGGCGAAUCGAAUAACACCAGUUUGACAGGCGCGAUUCAUUCCGAUCGCUUUGAGCUUCAACACCUAGAAGAAGCUUUGUAUAGCAGAACUCGUUCUUACCGUUGGAGAUACCUUGACUUUCUUCGUGCGGACGAGGUCAAGUUCGCCCUCAAAGUAGGAACAGGAGCAGCGAUCUAUGCUUUGCCUGCCUUUAUAUCCUGGACGAGACCCUUUUAUCUAUUUUGGAGGGGUGAAUGGGGCCUUCUCUCAUACAUGUUGGUAUGUUCGAUGACUAUUGGUGCAUCAAACACUACGGGCUUUGCUCGAUUUAUCGGUACAUGUCUUGGGGGGCUUUGUUCGAUAGCUGCAUGGUACCUUGUUGGUGAACGUGCUAUCGGUCUCGCAGUCCUGGGCUUUUUCAUGGCCCUUGGUCCUUUUUACAUGAUCAUUGUGAAAGGCCAGGGCCCCAUGGGCCGUUUCAUCCUACUGACCUACAACCUCUCUGUGCUGUAUGCUUACUCUUACUCACAAACCGAGAGCGACAAGCAAGAUCGCAGCGGAGAGCAUCUCAAUAUCACCGAAAUCGUUCUUCACAGAGUCAUCUCUGUCACCUCGGGUUGCAUCUGGGGUAUCAUCAUCACACGAGGCAUCUGGCCAAUUCGCGCAUGGACUAAGUUAAACAAUACAUUGCAUCUGCUAUGGCUCCGGCUGCUGUUCGUUUGGGAAUCGGAUCCCUUGAGCACCAUAGGCAUAGCAGAGGGAAAUACACUUGGUUGCUUCAUGACCUCCCCGGACAAACUUGAGAUUGAGCGCCUCUUUUCCCAACUCGAGCGUCUCCGGACAUCAGCGCGCUCUGAAUUCGAGUUCAAAAGGCCUUUUCCAGAUGCUGCAUACGGUAAUAUCAUCCGCCGGACAAGGAGCAUUGUAGACAACUUGUAUUCCUUGGAUCUCAUUCUGGUCAAUGCCCCGGGGCUGUCGGAAGGCCAAUGUUCUCUUUUCCAGUAUACUGCGGUUGUCAGGCAGCGGCUUUCAACUUAUAUAUGCCAUCUGCUAGCUGUUAUUGCAUCAUCGGUGGAGCGGGAGAGGGCCAGCAGAGGCGCUCUAACAAAUAUAGAGACUAUAGAAGAUGAGCUUCUGGGACAAAUCUAUCACUUCCGCCAAGAACGAAUAAUGUCUCAUUCGACUGAUGAUGUUGACUGUGUCCUACUCCACUCUUUCAGUAAGAUCCCUAGAGUCGAAGCUCUUCACGGCCAGCUCUUUACGGCCUCCCGUGAUAGCUCACGUUUGCUGACCGUUUAA